AAUCAUCAGAAUACCCAAUCCAAAUGCCAGGUUCAACUUUACGCCAGUGUCCACAUUGCCGGAUCAAGAUGAACUGCCGACACCGGUCCUGUGUUAAGUGUGGAAAAUUGCUUGAUUUUAAAUAUAAGCAAUCAGUGCGUUUGGCAAAAUUUCGUGACCAGGCCCAUCAGUGGGCUAAAACAACAGUUAAGUCACGGAAUCAAUCAAAAGUCUUUGACAAUUUAGCCAUCAUGAUGGAAAAACUUAAAGUGCUGGGAUACGUUCCUCUUCUGCUACUGGGGAAGUGUUCAAAGGCCCAUAGGUGGACAGCGGAGGUCCAGUGUCCCUUUGAGUUCCCACCUGAGGGACAUAAGGUGAUGGAAAAAAUGCUCAUACUCUUUGAGCAUAUUUUACAAGGUUUUGGUCCAGAAAAAGAACAAGAGGUCACAGAAGGUAAUGAAGCAGAAAGGCAGGACUUGAAAGAGACUGUAGAAGAUGAAGAGGACAUUACACUGGAGAACAAUGUAGAAGUGGAAAGACUGGAGGAUGAAGAGCAGAUCGAAGAACAACAGAUAGAAAGUGGGGAGGAAGAACCAGAGAGGCCUGUUGAGGAACAGAGUUUCAAAAGUCCAGAAAAAGAACAAGAGGACACAGAGGGUGAUAGGACAGAGAGUCAGGACAUAAACGAGGCUGUAGAAGAUGAAGAGAACAUUUUAUCAGAGAACAAUGUAGAAUUGAGGAUGAAGGAAAGAUUGGAGGAUGAAGAGCAGAUCGAAGAACAACAGACAGAAAGUGGGGGGGAAGAACCAGAUAGGCCUGUUAAUGAAGAAGGGGAAAUGAAAGUGACAAAAAAGACUAAACAGGCAAAGGAAAUGAAGAAACAGGCAGAGAAACAAAAGAUUAGUGCACUUAAGAUGGAUGAAAUGGAUGAAAGAAAAGAGAUAGAGGGAGUCGUAUUAAAACCAGAUGGCAAAUCAGCUGUCAACAUGGCAGCCAAAAGAAAGCGCCAAAAAAAUACAGACACAGAAUGUCCAUUCCAUGCGUCUCUGGAUGUAUUUCCAGUGGAAUUUGUAUCUAAGACACGUCUCAGAAAGGGACGUAAGGAAGUGCUGGUGCAUUGGUUGCCAUGUCCAUCCUGGAAGACAUGGCCACCCACCUGGCAGCCUGAAGAUCAUGUCCAAAUUACACUUACUCAAUGCUAAUUACAUUACUGGUACAUUAUGACCGUUUUUUUGUUUGUUUGUUUUUGAGCCACUGUUAUAGUGGACAAAUAAAGGUUUGUGUUUUCA